UCAAUCUCAAUCUCAAUCUCAAUCAUGGCUACCUACCUAUACACCUUCACCACGGCUGGCUUGAAGAAGAGAAAGCGAAACAAUCGCAGCCAAGCUUGGCCAUUGAUGCCCUUCCCCCUCCUACCUACCUAGGUAUCUAAGUUAAGCAAGGGCGGGGCGGUCAGAGGUAUUGUAUAAUAUUGUAACUUAAGGAGCCGACUUUCCGCCAGCCCAGGAGGCGGAGGCCUGCUCUUCUCCGCAAAAACUCCACGUUCCGUUCCCGAGGAACAACAAGACAAGGAAAACCAAAGACUUUGUUUGCUUGCUUUUAAAGUGAUCAUAUCGCAAACAAAGUAACACCAAAUACCAACAACAAGGACUCCCCGCCCCGCCCCGCCCCGCCUGAGGAUACGUAAGUUGGCACUUUGAAAAGAGCUUCACCUUUCUUUCCUCCGUCUUUCCAGAACGAGGGGCAUUCACCUCUGUUUACAUGCCUGCUCCAUUCCUCUCUCAGCUCACCAACAGUAUCAAAUUCAAUCUACAAGGAAAGCUGCCGCUUCCCACCCUUCUCUUCCUCCUGCGCAUAUCACCACUUUCUCUUCUGAUCAGAUCUCUGAACCACUGCAUCAUCUCCACCACUUUCAGCACCUUCAACUCUGCAACACACUCAGGUCUGAUCGAACAGAGCUACCCACCAAGAGUGCAGCAUGUCGAGCCCACCUAACCAUGGUCAUCUUUCCCGAGCGAUCAGUGAGAUCGAUCUCAAUGCAGCAUUGAAGGCAGUCCAAGCUCAAGGUGAGAUUGGCCCCCGAUAUUCUCAGGAUACCUUGCUCGCACUUCGGCCGAAGACCACAGAUGAGAAGCAUACCGAACAUGUUGGAGUCGCAGAGAUAUCACCUGAUACAGAAGGUCUGAUGACUCCUCCCUAUCAUGCGUACCCAAAGCCACCUCCUCCUACACCCGCUACGCCUAUCAAUGGACCGCCUGCAAAUGGUGUAGAAGCUACGGAUUCCAGUGUUCCCAGCACAAUUGGUUCAAUCCCAGUCGUCGUUGCAGAUCAAGCAAAGAAGAAGAAGAAGAAAAGCAGUGGCAAGAACAGAAGAGCCAACCCAACUGGAUUCGAAGAAUUCUACGCGGAUCCUCCUACCACUCCUGACGAGCACGAAGAAGAGUGCGAUCUGUACGAUGAGUGCCGCCCUUUCGCUGAUCGCAUGGAGACAUGUAUCCAGCGUUAUCGGGCCCGUCGCAAGCUAGAUGAAGUCCGCUCCAAUAUCCUGACUAAGUACUUCAUGUUGGGAGGUAUUGACUCGUCGACCAAAGCAUUCACAGGACCCCUCGACAAAGAGACUGUUGAGAACUCGACAGCUGCAGAGAUUGCUGCCAUUCAAGCCAGUGAUCAUCUACGCGUUGACUCCCAGAAUGCCAAGUUCUACGAUGGUUCCGAUAACUGGGUUGUUGAUUUCGAGGGUGUUGUUAAGGGUUUCUUCUCUCAUAGAGUCCCCCGCAUGUUCCCUCUUGACACAGAAAACGAUAUCAAGACCAUCGCUAAUGUCAUCCGAAAUUUCCUGAACUACAUCCUUCAACACGCAGUCUGCCCAGAAUAUACAAAGGAAGUCAUGGCUGCCCGUCUUAUCUGUGAUCUUGCUGAGAAGGAGCUUUGGUACAUCAAGCAGCUUGCAUUGGAUCUCCCCGGUGACUUCAACGCGUCUGCCUCCACUCUCUACGGUGGUAGAUUCCAAGCUAUCAGCCUCGAUAAUGCCACUUGGCUAGGUGAUGGAGAAACCUUCGGCGUCAAUCCCGGACUCAGCACUCUUCAAGCUGAGCGGAUCUUCAAGACAGGCAUCGCAUUUGCUGGCACUGAUGAGUUGUUCGUCGAAACCAUGAAAGCCGAUGUCCACAUUGUAAAAACCGAGGCGAAGUGUUUUGAGGUCUGUGGUGUCGAACGAGCCAGUCUUCAGAGCAUCGAAGAAUACGCAACCAUUAAGGACCACGAAGGUAAACCUGGGUUCAUGAAGGCGCUCGGUGUGAUUAUGUUCAAGCCAUGGGAGGGACCUGGUUACGAUGAGGAAGAUCUGUCUGAAGCCGAGGCUGAAGCUGCCAAGGUGGCAUUUGAGAAAUCUCGCGAGACCAUUGAGUCAUUCUGGCUGGAGGAUGAACUCUUGCAAUACUGCUUCGUUGGUAUGAAAAUGGAGGUUGUGGUUCGUGAGCUCAACAUCGGUGUCAAGUUCUUUGACGAGAUUAAGGGUCUAUACUGUUCUUUCCAUACCGUGCUCUCAAAUGAGAAGAUGGUUGGCUGGAAGGAGCCAGUUCCUAAUACCCGUCCACCACCAACAGUCGAAGACCCAGAUGUUGAAGAGCGGGCUUUCGAGGCCAUCAUGGAGGAUGAUCUGAAGCAAGACCAAAAGGAGUUCGAGGGCAAGAAGUAAUGGUUGGAUCGAUGCAAAUACUGAGAUGGGAUCUAGGGUUUGGCGCUUCUGAUUUCUCCACCUAGGGUUCUUCAUUACUCUUUUGUCCGGCACAUUUACUCCGCUUUCUGCAUUCUCCUUUCUCCUUGCUCAUAUACCCCCCAAAUUCUGCACUGCGGUUCAUCUGGUUUAGCGUAGCAUAGCAUGUGGUUGGUCGGACAUGGCGUCGGACGGAAAAGCCAUGCAGUGGCCAAGCAAACAAAGCAAUUGAUUCUUUAACUACA